AUGCACCAUUGUCUAGCUAAGCACAAACUUAUGGAUGCUCUUGAAUCAAUGCAAGUAUUACCCGCAAAAGGAAAUGACAAUGCUUAUACUUCCACAAAUGCUAUUUUAGAAAACAAUAAAAAUCUACAUGAAAAAGCUGCGAUAGUAGAUGGCAUGGCACUUCUUCAUACCUAUCAUAAACCUAACACGGUGAAGACGUGCCUUGACCUCGGUAUAAGUUUUAACAAAUGGAUUGGGCUUGGGCAAAAAUUUAAUAAUUACAGUGAGCUCCAUGUUGUUUUCGACUCUUACAAAGAAAACUCAUUGAAGAAAGCGCUGCGAGAAAUUCGGCAAAAAGGCUCAGAUCCGAUUCAGUACAAAAUCGGACCAGAAACGAAAAUUGGCAGUGUACCAAUGAAUAAAUUAUUGGCCCAUGAUAAUACGAAGCAUAAACUAACCGAGUUCCUUUCUCACCAAAUUCUUGAAUUUGGCAUGACCAAUAAGAAAAGAGCUCUUGAAUCUUUGAAAGCACUCCCUGGAUUGCAGGCACUUUCAGGAGCAGACGUAACAGGAUCAUUUGCUAGCAAAGGUAAAGUAAAGUGGUGGAGAACUUUCAAUUCUGCAAGUGACAAGCUGCUACUGGCCUUAGCUGAAUUGGGGACUACUUCGUCUCUCACUGAAGAUGUCAGAACUAACAUAGAAGCAUGUAUUUGUCAGCUUUAUAUUCCCAAAACAGCACUUACCGACAUUGAAGCUGUGAGAUGGUUUUUGUUUACCCAGAAACAAUAUCUAGAUGAGAACCUGCCUCCAACAAGGUCUGCAUUAAAUCCGGCAUUACUAAGAGCCCGCCUUCAGUGUUUUGAGUAG